AUGGUGGAAGACCGCAGCCUCGGCAACCAGGCUCCAGAUAAAGCGGAAGAAAACCGCCUCAAGACCUGCUCAGACCUGCCUCAGACCGCCUCAGACCGCCUCAGACCUGCCGCCUCAGACCUGCUCAGACCCGCCUCAGACCCUAGACCCUCAGACCUGCUCAGACCCGCCUCAGACCCGUCAGACUGCUCAGACCCGCCUCAGCCUCCCUCCCAGACCGCCUCAGACCUGCUCAGACCCGCCUCAGCCUGCUCAGACCCGCCUCAGACCUCGCCAGACCUCAGACCGCCUCAGCCGCCUCAGACCUGCUCAGACCCGCCUCAGACCGCUCAGACCCGCCUCAGACCCGCCCAGACCUGCUCAGACCCGCCUCAGACGCUCAGACCCGCCUCAGACCGCCUCAGACCCGCCUCAGACCUGCUCAGACCCGCCUCAGACCUGCUCAGACCUGCCUCAGACCUGCUCAGACCGCCUCAGACCGCACCCGCUCAGACCGCUCAGACCCGCCUCAGACCCGCCUCAGACCCGCUCAGACCCGCCUCAGACCUGCUCAGACCCGCCUCAGACCGCCUCAGACCUCAGACCCCCUCAGACCUGCUCAGACCGCUCAGACCCGCUCAGACCUGCUCAGACCCGCCUCAGACCUGCUCAGACCGCUCAGACCCCUCAACCCGCCUCAGACCCGCCUCAGACCCGCCUCAGACCUGCUCAGACCCGCCUCAGACCUGCCAGACCUCCUCAGACCUGCUCAGACCCGCCUCAGACCUGCUCAGACCCGCCUCAGACCCGCCUCAGACCCGCCUCAGACCCGCCUCAGACCUGCUCAGACCCGCCUCAGACCUGCUCAGACCCGCCUCAGACCUGCUCAGACCCGCCUCAGACCGCCUCAGACCCGCCUCAGACCCGCCUCAGCUCACCCGCCUCAGACCUGCUCAGACCCGCCUCAGACCGCCUCAGACCUGCUCAGACCCGCCUCAGACCUGCUCAGACCUGCUCAGACCCGCCUCAGACCUGCUCAGACCCGCCUCAGACCUCUCGACCCCCUCAGACCGCCUCAGACCUGCUCAGACCCGCCUCAGACCCGCCUCAGACCUGCUCAGACCCGCCUCAGACCUGCUCAGACCCGCCUCAGACCCGCCUCAGACCUGCUCAGACCUGCUCAGACCCGCCUCAGACCCGCCUCAGACCCGCCUCAGACCUGCUCAGACCCGCCUCAGACCUGCUCAGACCUGCCUCAGACCUGCUCAGACCCGCCUCAGACCUGCUCAGACCCGCCUCAGACCCGCCUCAGACCCGCCUCAGACCCGCCUCAGACCUGCUCAGACCCGCCUCAGACCUGCUCAGACCCGCCUCAGACCCGCCUCAGACCUGCUCAGACCCGCCUCAGACCUGCUCAGACCUGCUCAGACCCGCCUCAGACCUGCUCAGACCCGCCUCAGACCUGCUCAGACCCGCCUCAGACCCGCCUCAGACCUGCUCAGACCCGCCUCAGACCCGCCUCAGACCUGCUCAGACCCGCCUCAGACCUGCUCAGACCCGCCUCAGACCCGCCUCAGACCUGCUCAGACCUGCUCAGACCCGCCUCAGACCCGCCUCAGACCCGCCUCAGACCUGCUCAGACCCGCCUCAGACCUGCUCAGACCUGCCUCAGACCUGCUCAGACCCGCCUCAGACCUGCUCAGACCCGCCUCAGACCCGCCUCAGACCCGCCUCAGACCCGCCUCAGACCUGCUCAGACCCGCCUCAGACCCGCCUCAGACCCGCCUCAGACCCGCCUCAGACCCGCCUCAGACCUGCUCAGACCCGCCUCAGACCCGCCUCAGACCCGCCUCAGACCUGCUCAGACCCGCCUCAGACCCGCCUCAGACCUGCUCAGAUUGA